CUUAAAUUUUGCUUUGAGUUCAAAGUUUAUGGUAUACACAGUUCUAAUAACCUUAAAUUCCUACAUAUGGAAAAUUAUUUACAUUCCUUGCUCAAGAGUGGAAAUGGUAAAAAUUUCUACACUCGAAAUACAUUCUCCUAUUCCUUAUACCGUGAAAAGAUGUGGGAAAAACGCUACCCACUUUCUCACGGUAGAUUCCAGUCCCCAAUCAAUAUCGUCACCAAUAAGGCUCAAUACGAUCCCUACUUGGACAAAGAUAAUCCUUUAACGUUUACUUAUAGAAAACUUCGGAAUUUCAACAUUUUGAAUGACGGAACCACGCUCAAAGUAAACCCUCUCAUCAAAGAUUUAGAAAUAGGAGGGGGUCCAUUGGCCAAUAAUUAUCAGCUCGACCAUUUUCAUUUCCACUGGGGCUACGAAAAUCGCAAGGGUUCCGAACACAGAAUCAAUGGAAAGUCGUACGAUGCAGAGAUCCAUUUUGUUCAUUGGAAUCACAAAGAUUCUCAAUCAAUCGCGGAGGCGAGUAACUAUUAUCAAGGCCUAUGCGUGAUGGGAGUUUUCUUAAAAAUAGGGGAAGAAAGCGCGGAGUUCGAUAAAAUUAUUAAUAAUUUAAAAUACGUCAGGAACUAUAGGGAACAUUUAUUAGUGGACGAGGAAUUGGACAUUUUCAAAUAUCUUCCAAAUGAUUUAACCCAAUAUUGGACGUAUCCUGGCUCUUUAACCACGCCGCCUUUCUUAGAAACAGUCACGUGGAUUCUAUUAAAAAACGCCAUCGAAAUAUCUAGUUCUCAACUCGGUGAAUUAUUUAAUCUAUACUCGAGCGAUAUGACGGGCGAAGGCCAGUGUCAACACAUGCGAAACAUUUUCAGAGAUCCGCAGCCUUUAAAUGGUCGAAUAGUGAGAAAAUCGUUUCAGUGAAAAAGAAUGAAUAUUAGAAGGAACUUGAAAGAACAAUUACAUUAUAAUGCAAUAUUAGUAAUCUACUAUGUUGUUUUUUGUUAUUGAUAUAGAUAGAACAUAGUAAUAUAAAUAAUAAAAAUUAUAAAAUUAGUCGCGGAUUGUAAAAAAAAAUACAUCAUUAAAUUUACAAAAAAGGGGGUAAAUGAUUCCCUCAUUAAAACUAAAUUUCGCUCUCCAGUCUAAAUAAUCGAGGCCCGAUUAUAAGUGGGUCUCUAAAAAACAAUAUUCUAUCAUAUUCAAAUUAAUCUGUGUUAUAAUUCGCGUUUUGACAGACCAACUUUAUAAUUUUUAUCUAUGAAUUUUUAAAAAAAUUAACGUGUCCUUUCCCCUGUGAUUUAUUCCAUUUAUGUGAUCAAAUUUCUAUCUAGUUAAACUAUAUUCGAUAGUUUUAUAUAUAUGUUUUUAAAUUGUAACCUAUUUAUAAAUUAUAUUUAUUAGAAAUAAAAUAUUUAUAUAAUUUAUAA